AAACACCGAAUCCAAAUCAUUACCCGAUUCCAUAAUGAAGCACAAGCUUCUGCUGCUGAUAGUGGGAUCAGAGAGUGUUUUCCGCAAAGCUGUUCCCCGACAGUGCCACAGUGUGGGAGACCUUUUUAUGGAGCCCAGUGAUGACCUCCUUCCGGACGGCUAGGUGGCCCCGAAUAAUUAGGAUGCCAUAGGUUAUCAAAGAUCUGUGAGUCAAUCAGAUGAGUCACGUUUUGAUGUUCUGCACUUCGAAGUACGUGUACAACGUACUAGCUUUCAGAUUUCACUCACCGAUAUAAGUUAGGCAUGUUUUUCCACAAAUUUAUCUCAAGUCUUCAAGGCACAUGAAAGCCACAAUAGUACGGAUACCAAUCGCAAAAUGUUUCAAAGCCAUCAUGAAAAUGAACAGGAUUCGUGGGGAUCGUUGGAGGAAGAUGGCCGAGUUGCUAUUCUCUUUAUCUGUGAUCGACAAGGCCGAGGAUGUAGUCCUUGACUUAAUAAUGUUGAAGGUCUUCGGAGAGUAGUUGCAGCCGACCAACUUUAGGCACCUACAUAUAUGGAACAUAACUAACCGCAUCAAUAAUAAUCAUUGUAAUCUUACGAGAAUUCAGAAGUUCCAAAGCUCCCUUAUGCAAAAUAUACUUGCUUAAUUAAAUAAAUAUUUUCUUCUGUGUAGAGGCUAAACCAAUAGAUGACAGAAUAAUUUCUUUGUUUUGUAUACUCACCCAGAAAUGGUUGAUUUUUAUAAAAAUACGCACACUUUUGUAGGUUGAGUAAGUAACUUGUAUACUUUAACCCUGUCAUACUUGUAUUUUCUAAGUGUUCAGUGCCAUCAAUUAUGUGUGGGCAAUUAGCAAUUGGAUGGCACACUUAUUCCUUUCAAGAAAAUAAAAUUACUUGUGCUAUAUACAAAUCGUAUACUUGCAGUGCAUUGAUGUGCGCUUCACGUCGCAGUUUUUAGACCUCUCAGAUUAUAAUUAUGGCGCCAACCUUACUGGUCUUUAAAGUACUUUCGUCUGUCUGAACACUUGUACUUCGGUGCAAUCAUGACAUAUGAGAACCAGCUUAAAAUCAGACACACAACACCCCUCAGAACAGUGGAAAAUGUGGCGAAAUUUUCAAGGGACACGUGCAUGUUACUCAGGUUGUUUUCCGGGGAAAUGUUUUAAUCUCUGUCAAAGUCAGCUCCCUAAAAUAUCUUUUUUUGUGUACCCAACUUCUACCACGGAUAUACAUAGGUUUUGGAUCGGACUUUGCUUUGUUUUUUUUAAAUGAGGAAUUCCCAAAAACAAUCCAAAAAUAUUUCGAUUUGUAGUUGAAUGUAAUAUACGCUAAGUAAAUUGUUAACUUGAUUUGAUUUAUUUUGUAAUUUAUGCCUCAAGAAUUCUAAGCAAACUGAAAGUAUUUAAAAAUUGUUUUGAUUUACGUAAUGCAAUUAUAGGACGGUAUAACAAUAAAUAACUUAACACAACCUUGAUACAUUAAUUAACAAAA